AUGGCUGCAAUUUCCAUUUCCACGGCUGAGAAAACCGCACGUAACGCAGCGAAAGCUGCGGCAACGUCCAUUCGACGGUUCCAGGAAUCCAUAGCUCAGAAAAUCGCACGCCAUGCAGCCGACGCCGCUGCAGCUUCUGCUGCAAGGGCGUCGGAAAGUUCCGCGCAAAAGCGCACAAGGCGGAAACGCGAUGCAAUUUCAAUUUCUAGAGCUGUAGAAGGACCUACUGAAAGGCUUGAAAGGUUGCAGACUGUUAACCAGCGCCGCCAUGCACAGCGAGGGCUCUGUAGUCCACCAAAGCAGUUUUGGUUUAAGCUGGGGUUCAACUAUGAGACAGUUUUGAGGCUUUCCGGUCACAAAGACCUCCAUAUAGGAUCCAUGUCAGUUGUCUGUGGGCAUUGCAAUGCCAAAAGAUGGUCUGGAGAAUCUGCAGGUUUGUGUUGUUCAGACGGUAAGGUGCAGUUGCCACCUUUUCAAGAGCUACCUGCUCCGUUGAAAGCUCUGUUGGAGGGUUCCAGUCCAGAAUCCAAACAUUUCCUCGCAAAAAUCAGGCAGUACAAUUGUGACUUCCAGACCUCUUUUGGUGGUAAUGCCUUCCGCGAAGUCGGUUGGAAUCCCACCUUCAAGGUUCAAGGUCAGGUUUACCACCGGAUUGGGUCUCUUUUGCCGGAAACUGCCACUGAUUUGGCCUUUCUACAAAUAUACUUCAUUGCUGACUACAAGCAACAGGCAGAUGCCCGCAUAGGCAUUAUUCCCGAGAACGAUACAGGCCAGCACAAUCAUCCUCGCAGGGAUAUCAUAAUGUGUCUCCAACAAAUGCUCCACGAGACAAACAGCUAUGUCCGCAGUUUUAAGUAUGCUCUCGAACAUAAAACUUCUUCUGAUUUCAUUAUUGUAAUUAAUGCUGCCAAACGGCCUCAGGGAGAGCAUGAACGUCGUUACAAUGCUCCCGCAAGUAACGAAGUUUCCGUCAUUAUCAGCGGUGAUCAGCACAACAGACGUGACAUUGUUAUCGAAUCGCGCGGCAGUGGGCUCCGAAGUAUCAGUGAAACGCACCGGUCCUAUGAUGCACUGCAAUACCCACUUUUCUUCCCUUACGGAGAAAAUGGUACGGCCGACCAGACCUAUUCAAUAACUUUCACGUUUAACCCAAAAUGGUACGCAAUUGCUAAAGAACUAAUGCCAGGGCAAUCGGUCUACGACCGUCCAGACCUCAUUGCGCGCGUUUACCAUCUGAAGUUGGGAAAGGUAAUGGAUGUGAUUACAAAGGGCCAGGUUUUGGGGGCUGUUUGCUGUCGCAUGCACACUAUUGAGUGGCAGAAACGUUGCCUGCCUCACUCACAUAUACUAAUUUGGCUGUGCGACAAGAUUGAGGCCACAGAAAUCGAUCAUCUCAUUUCUGCUGAAAUUCCUGAUCCGUCGGCUGACCCUGAAUUGUACGAAAUAGUGAUAACCAACAUGAUUCAUGGUCCCUGCGGGUCGCAUUACAAUUACACCAGCUGUCACAACAGCGACGGCAAAUGCACCCGGCAGUACCCACGAGAUUUCGUGAGCGAAACCAUUACAGGGAGCGAUGGUUAUCCACUGUACCGGCGAAGGAGUCCCGCUGAGGGAGGAUUUACAGCCGUGGUAAAGGGCCACCAAGUGGAUAACAGAUGGGUAGUGCGAUACUGUCCCCUGCUAACAAAAGCGUUCAAUUCGCACAUCAAUGAUGAAUAUUGCCAUUCAGUUCGCUCCAUCAAGUAUGCAUGCAAGUAUAUCAACAAAGGGACUGAUGCUGCAAUGUUUGGUAUUAGGCAGGAAGGUUCCGUAGACGAAAUCCAGGACUUCCUUGCAGGGGGCGUCAUUAGCAGCACAGAGGGCCCUGUGCACAUAUUCAGCUUCCCCAUCCACGAACGCUUCCCAGCAAUCGUCCAGCUUGCUGUGCACCUAGAAAACGACGAACUUCGUUAUUUUUCUGCGGAUGCAGUAAUGGAUGUUGCUGCGCGUACCAAAGACACAACGCUUACAGCGUUCUUCAAACUUUACGUGCCUUCAUACUACGUGUGGACAAAAAAGAACACCUGGGCUCGGCGGAAGUGCAGGGCCAACGUCGAGGGCUAUCCAGCCGUCAAAAAAGACGCCACACUCGGAAGGGUAUUCACGGUUCCCCCAUCGCGACAGGAAUGUUUUUACUUGCGACUCAUUUUGCACGAAGUUAGUGGUCCAACGAGCUACAAUAACUUACGGACGGUUAAUGGAAUUUUAUGUGACACUUUUCGUGAGGCCUGCCUCCGUCUCGGCCUUUUGGAAGACGACAGCCAGUGGGAUGUCACAAUGGCUGAGGGAGCUCUUUUAAAAAUGCCCUCUGCUUUGCGCCACCUUUUCACCACAAUCUUACAAAUGUGUGAACCCAGUGAUCCCAAAUCACUUUGGGACAAAUACAAGGACUUAUUGUCCGAAGACAUACUCAGGGAAGCGCAACUGCUGUGUCCAACAAUGGCUCUUACAUUCAACGAUAGAAUUUACAACAGGGCGCUUAUAAUCAUUGAGAACAUGUUCGUUGAAAUGGGGGGGAUCUCUUGCCGCUAUUGGGCUUCCAACGCCAGAUCGUGUGACUUCCUCCAGUCUCUCACCUGA